GAGGAACUAUUGUGAGGCGAGAGGGGGGGCUCCACGGCGUUCUGUCUGGCACGGCAACAGAACAAUAAUAAAAAAUAAAAUAUAUUCAUUCCUUCUCGAUAAGACCCUACAUUCACGUGGUGACAUUCCACCAUACCUGCGGAGAGAUUUUUUCAGUGGCGGAUAUACAAACCCCGGCAGCGAUCCAUUUCUGACGCGCAAAUCGAAAGCUGCUACUGCACCGGCCGGCAUGUCCUACCAAGGCAAGAAGAACAUUCCUCGUAUUACGAGUGAUCGUCUGAUUAUCAAAGGAGGGAAGAUUGUCAACGACGACCAGUCUUUUUAUGCUGAUAUUUAUGUAGAAGAUGCUGUUAUUAAGCAGAUCGGGGAGAACCUGAUCGUUCCCGGAGGGGUGAAGGUCAUCGAUGCCUACGGCCACCUCGUCAUCCCCGGAGGCAUCGAUGUCAACACGAGCCUGCACGCUCCUUACCUGGGCAUGAACCCGGCAGACGACUUCUACCACGGGACUGAGGCCGCCCUGGCAGGGGGCACCACCAUGAUCAUUGACCACGUCCUGCCUGAGCCUGGGACCAGCCUCCUGGGCGCGUACGACCAGUGGCGGGAGAUCGCUGACAAGAAGGCGUGCUGCGACUACUCUCUCCACAUGGACAUCACCCGCUGGCAUGAAGGCCUCGCAGAGGAGCUGGAGACCCUGGUCAGGGACAAAGGGGUGAAUUCCUUUUUGAUCUUUAUGGCAUAUAAGGACAAAUACCAGAGCUCGGACAGCCAGAUGUAUGAAGUAUUCAGUGUCAUCAGAGACCUGGGGGCCAUUGCUCAAGUACAUGCCGAAAAUGGAGACAUCAUUGAGGAGGAGCAGAAGAAGCUUCUGGAUCUGGGAAUCACGGGGCCGGAGGGACACAUACUGAGUCACCCUGAGGAGGUGGAGACAGAGGCAGUGUAUCGGGCCAUAACCAUCGCCAAGCAGGCCAACUGCCCGCUCUACAUCACCAAGGUGAUGAGCAAGUCAGCGGCUGAUGUCAUCGCUCAGGCCAGGAAGAAGGGCAUAGUGGUAUUUGGGGAGCCAAUCACAGCAAGCCUGGGCACUGAUGGCUCUCACUAUUGGAGCAAAAACUGGGCCAAGGCUGCCGCCUUCGUCAUGUCCCCUCCCCUCAGCCCUGACCCCAGUACUCCAGACUACCUGAGCUCGCUGCUCUCCUGUGGAGACCUGCAGGUGACGGCCAGCGCUCACAGUACGUUUACAACAGCACAGAAGGCUGUAGGGAAGGACAACUUCACCUAUAUUCCCGAGGGCACCAAUGGGAUCGAGGAGCGCAUGUCCAUCAUUUGGGAGAAGGCUGUGGUAACUGGCAAAAUGGAUGAGAAUGAGUUUGUCGCGGUGACCAGCACAAACGCCGCCAAGAUCUUCAACCUGUACCCUCGCAAGGGUCGGAUCGCGGUGGGCUCUGACGCAGACAUGGUCCUGUGGAACCCCAAGGAGACAAAAAUAUUCUCAGCUAAAUCACACAACUUGACAGUGGAGUACAACAUCUUCGAGGGGAUGGAGUGUCGGGGGGCCCCCACUGUGGUGAUCAGUCAGGGGAAGAUAGUGCUCGAGGACGGGAAACUGAACGUCACGGAGGGGUCAGGACGCUUCGUUCCCAGGAAGUCCUUCCCCGAUUACGUCUACAAGAGGAUCAAGGCCCGGAGCAGGAUGGCAGAUGCCCGAGGUGUUCCAAGAGGACUGUAUGACGGACCUGUCCACGAUGUCGUCAGCGCAACAAAAUCGAUGCCACCCACUCCCACCACUCGGGGGCCCACAUGCCCCGGGAAGGCUCAGAUAGCUCCAGCCCGGAACCUGCACCAGUCUGGGUUCACUUUGUCUGGAACUCAAAUGGAUGACCACAUUCCAAGGCGCACUGCACAACGAAUUGUGGCUCCCCCUGGUGGUCGAUCCAAUAUUACUUCGCUCUCAUGAUCUUCACCCUCUGCAGGAGCACAUCGACAACUGUAGCCUCUGUUUCAAAACUGCUCUUGGCUUCCAGUACAUACCCAAUAUAACAGAGUGUAUCAGAAAAGCAUAACCUUAUAUUUAUGUUGUGUCAUAUAUGCCAACUGCCAAAACAUGCAACAUUACAGUUCUAUCUUACCAUAUACCUAUAAUCUUAAAUUGUGUGUGUUUGAGUAGUCUUUUACCCCAACAACAUGCAUCCUUCAUCAAAAGAUAUUCACAGCAUGUGCCAAGAACAGAGCAUUCAUCAUCUGGUAAAAAAAUACUUACUCAGCUUCAAUGUAGCAUUAAGAUGAUGUUGAGACAAGUUAGUUUAACAUGAAAUUCAUUUCUGUAAAAACCACUGUGAAAGGAUUUCGGUAUAGUGCUGCUUUUUGACUCAGUGCAUCGUUAACAUUUCUGCCAUCAUUUUGUCAUGUCUGAAUCUGGGUCUGGCCUAUUAAAAUGGCUUCUGAAGAGUCCUCCGCCAGGUUAAUCAAGGUCAUUCAUUUGAAUUGUAUUAGCUUCAGUGAAGAUAGAUUAAAAAGACAGUUUUUUAGUUGCGGUGCUUGUAUGUGUCUCACUGUAAAACAGUAACAUUAGCAAGGAGAAAGGGGUUUGCACCCAUAUUAUAAGGAUCAUCAUCUUCCAUGAUAGUCAGUCAUGAGAAUUCCACAAAUGUUCUUAGCCUUUUAGAGUCAUAGAGAUGCCUACAUAUUGGUCUUCAACAUUGGUUCUUCUUUUUUUUGUCCACACCCCCCCCCUUCCCCACAUAAGUUUUUUUAGAUAUAAAUUGGUGCUCUCAAACCAUAUACUGUAG